AUGGCGAUCCAGACACCCGAGCAGGCGGAGCCGACGCCCAGCUCUGCGGCCGCGAACGCGGAGGAGAUGGCCGAGAGGAAUGGCAGCCAGGCGACCCUCGGCGCUGCCUCCGUAGGUCUCGCUGGCACCGCGGCGGCUGCCAUGUCAUCACCACUCGGGGCUGCGGCCGGCGAGGCGGCAGAUGGAAGUGUCUCUGCGGACGUCACGAUGGUGGACGCGGCGGAAUCGGCUGCGUCCCCAGCACCAGGCGGCCUAGCAAACUCGUCCGCACCCUCACCGCUGCCAGCGCGGACAAGCACGCCGAUGCGCAACACAGCCAACAGCGAGCAGCCCGGCGGCGGCACGGGCUCGAGAGCCGCGUCGGCACACCCGCCCGAGCCCGGCUUCACCAUGCCUGCCGAGGCGCCGGCGCACGGCGCACCCGUCCGGCAGUACAUCAAUACCAAGGUCACUGGACCUCUGCUGGAGGGCAUGAAGCUCAUUGCCAAAGACCAGCCUCAAGAUCCUCUUCGCGUCCUUGGAGAGUAUCUGAUUCAGCGUUCCAAGGAACUCGAGGGAACAAGUUGA